AUGGAACCAACAACCAAACAUGCACAUGACAAUGAUUCUGAUGAUGUUUGGGCUGAAGACGAUGAAGACAACAUAGAGCAGCACGACAAUGACACCAGCAAGAAAUUAGCAUACAACGACAUAGUACGACAACACCGCAAACAAGGGUAUGUGGACGGUAUAACUGCACAUCGAGAAGAUCAACUACAGCGUGGUUUCGAUGAUGCAUUCCCACAAGGUGCAAAGUUGGGUAUUGAAGUUGGGAAAAUCUUGGCUCGUUUGAAAUGCAAGCUGGGUGCUCCAAAGAGAGAAAAAGAAAAAGAGGUCAAUAGUGGUGGUGUUGUUGAUGAUGAAAAACUUAAGUGUGCUAUUAACGAACUAUCGAUAUCCAAAGUGUUAGAUCGACAAUACUUUGAUGAAGAUUUACAACCACUACAAACCCACGACUUGAUUGAAAAAUGGAGACAUCAAGGCUAG